GCGGGCGCGGGGCCGCGGCGGGCUUUAGGCGGCGGCGCCAUGGAGCGGCCCGGGAGCGCCGAGGGGGCCUGGGCCGCGCUGCUGGGCCGGCAGCACCCGCAGGCCCGGGAGUUCUGCCCGGGGGUGAACAACCGGCCCUACGUGUGCGAGACCGGGCACUGCUGCGGGGAGAGCGGCUGCUGCACCUACUACUACGAGCUGUGGUGGUUCUGGCUGCUCUGGACCAUCCUGAUCCUGCUGAGCUGCUGCUGCGCCUUCCGGCACCGCCGGGCCAAGCUGCGCCUGCAGCAGCAGCAGCGGCAGCGUGAGAUCAACCUCAUCGCCUACCACGGUGCCUGCCAGUACCCGCCCUCCUCGGGAGACCUCCGGCUGCUGGCCUCCUUCAAGCUCCCGGCGUACGAGGAGGUGGCGCAGCGCCCCGGGACGCCGCCGCCGCCCUACAGCCCCGGGAGCCCCUCGCUGUCGCCGGGCUCCUCCGGGGGCUGCAGCUCCUGCUCCUGCGGCUGCUCCUGCGCCUCCUCCCCCAGCAGCUCCUCUCUCUCGGCGCCGGGCACCGAUGAGACAGACCCGGAGCCGGGCCCGGGCACGGGGGGUGGCAGUACCGGCCGUGAUUACGGCUCCAGCAGCACCGGCACCGGUGCCAGCUGGGACCUGCCCCUGCCCGAGGAGCCGCCGGCCCGCGGGGGCGCCCCCAAACAAGUGCCCCCGGACUUGUGUGAGGCUGAGGGCCACCCCUGCUCCAACACCGAGGGGGGUGAGGGUGGGGCGGGCAGAGCUGUGCCAGGGGGAUGCCCCGGGCGGCACCGAAGGCUCACGGGGGAUUCGGGCAUUGAGGUGGGCCGGGGUGUGGAGGAGGAGGAGGGUGAGCCUGAGGGCUGUGGGGGAGCAGGGGGUGGUGGGGGGCCCGGCUCACCCGUGCUGCCCGUCUGAGCCCCCCCACAGGACCCCCGACUGGGGUCUGGACUCAUCACGGAGCCCCGGGGGGCCCCUCGCCCCGACUGACACCCACCUUGCAGUGUGGUGGGGUCCUGCUGGAGCCCCCUUCCCUCCAAACUGCUCCUGGGGCCUCCCCUGUGAUCCCAGUGCUGCUGCCCAGGGGGGCCCCAUCGCCCGGGGGGUGCCCGAGGCCAUGGGGGUGGGUGGGAGGUCCCGGCGCGUUCUCUCACCAUUAAAGAGAUGUGAAGUACCAUCGACCUUGUGGUGGGUGCACUGGGCUGGGUGGUGACCCCUGACUCCAGAGGAAGGGGCAAAACAUCCCCCCCAUGGCACAGGGGUCAGCAAAGGUGACACUGUGACACCCUGACAUGAGGCCACAGUCAUGGAGGUUUAUUGCAGGGGAGGCAGGGGGGCUCUGGCACUGCCCCCCAACACCUCCCCUGACCCUGAGCACGCCAGGCAGGCAGGGGGCACAGGGACCCCCCCACAUCAAUAGUCCUCAGCCAUGGCCAGCACCACGAGCGCCGACCAGCCGGCGAAAGGGUGACAACCCUGCCCGGUGCCAUCGCUGUCCCGGUAGUGCUCCCACAGGAAUCCGGUGGCCUCGUACUGCCGGAACACGUUGGCCACGAGGUUUUGGCGCAGCUCCCGGUAGAGCUUUGCCGCUCGCUCCCGGUGCGGCCCUGCCGCCCGCGCGUACCCGUGCAGCGCCCGCAGCGCCAGGAAGUUGAUGUUGACCCAGACGGAGCCGCGCCAGUAAGGGGGGUCGUGCUCGGUGUUGCGCCGCAGGUACAAGGGGCUGUCGCGGGCCAGCGAGCGCAGCCCGAAGGGCGUCC